ACUUCUUGUUCCAAACCGAGGCUGCCAGCAACCGCCAUUUUUGAAAGAGUCUCCUUCCUGUCAAAAGUCGUCCGUUACUGAAUUUUUUUCGUGUAAAAAUGGAGAAAAAGAGCAUGGAAACCGGCACAGCCUGUACAGCAGCUGAAAAGUGGGAGUUCAGCAUGAAUUCUGAGAACAACCGGCUCUCUACCUUCAAGGACUGGCCGUUUGACGACAACUGCCAGUGUGUUCCAUCCAAGAUGGCAGCCGCUGGGUUCUACCACAUCCCCACCGACCAGCAGCCAGACCUGGUCAGGUGUUUUGUGUGUUAUAAGGAGCUGGAGGGAUGGGAGCCUGAUGACGACCCAUGGGCGGAACACAGGCGUCACCAGCCCAACUGUGACCUACUAAAGAUAAUGAAGAACCACAAAAGUCUGGAUGAAAUCACCGUCAAGGAGUUUCUGGACCUCGAGUGCAAGAGACAGCAGAACAGAACAAAAGCACAGAUUGAGGAAAGAGUGAAAGAGUUUCGACAGCAGGCUGCGCGCGUCAGAGAACAAAUGGAACUUCUUUAGAACAAUUUUUAUUGUUCUGGCAUGUCUGCGAAACAUG